AUGCAGUCACUGGAGCCUGGGCAGGAGGCCGGUCCCGAAGACUGGCAAGCCACCGAGCUGGCCAAUCUCUGCCCACCCCCUCUAAGCCGGGGCAGCGGGACAGUGGUGGAGUCCCCAUUGCUGGACCCUCUGCUACUCAGCCAGGAGAUGCGAGAGCAGCUGACAGCUCACCUCCAACGGAAGCGGCUGCAGCUGCUGUGGGGCUUGCCUGGCCUGGUGCACAGCUCCCUGGAGAGGUCUGUGCCAGCCCUGCCGGGCUUCCUGGCAUGCACAGCCCCGCAGGCAGCCACCGACCACCAGAGGCCCCUUUUCAAGGUGGAGAGGAGGCAGUGCCUGGAGCACCACCUGAGGGAGAAAGCAGUGCAUCGCAAGUGGGGCCUCCCCAAGAGGGUCUGCAAAGCCCUCUGCUGGCCGCUGCCGCCUCCCGGGACACCUCUGGCCCAGGCAGCCCCACAGCAGGAGAGGCCCUCUUCGAAAGGGAGCAGCUCUCCAAAGCCACACAGCGUUGCGGCACUGCUGGCUUGUUCUGCCAUGACCAUGGCAGCCAAAGGCGGCAGAAGCUGGUGCAGCCCAGAAGCAACACAGGAGCCUUGGCCACUGGACUCGGGAAUGCCACGCCUGCUUGGGAAGCAGUGGGAAGGUCUUCCAGGGACUGAGAUACGGGAGCUGGGUGGGGAUGGCCCCUGGAACAGCCUGGCCACCUUGGAGCUCCUCCAGGUCCAUCUGCCCUCAGCCACAGCCCACCCGGACGGGGCUCAGAGCCUGCCUGGGGAGGCGGAUGCUAGUGCAGAACUCCAGCGCUGCAAGAGGCAGCAGCCAAGCUGGGGCCAGGCACCCCUUGCCCAAGGAUGUCCUCCUGCAGAGAAGCGUCCUCUUGCCGCAGCCGCCCAAGGGAAGAUGAAGCCUGAGGAAGGGAUCUGGGUCCCACUUCAGCCAGCCGGGGAUUCCCGCCAGACUGCCAGGGCCAUCACAGAUACCCAAAGAGAGCUGCCUCCACCAACCAGUAAACAGGAUGCCGCCCAGCUGGAUCUGGUCCUUUGGGAUCUGACCCCAGCCUUGGUUUCCCUCACAGGUGGCAGGGAGCAGGCCCCUGAGUGCCACCAAGUGAGCCCCCCCCUGACUGAGCGGACUUGUUGUGCUCACUCCGCCUUCUGCCGCCGCCACCAGGAGGCCGCUUUGAAGCCCUGUCCCACAAGCCUCCUGGGGAAAGCGGGGUCUCACACCCCUGAGGGGCUGGGCAGGCAAGCUAGUUCACCACGAGCAACAGACCUUUCCACAACCAGUCCCAGAGCAAAUCCAGGAUGUGAAAGAUUUCUUACAACUGACAAAAAGCAGUACUUUGAGUUCCACCUGCGCGAGAAGCUUCUGCAUCAGCGGUGGGGGGUGCCCAGGAGGGUGAAGGAGUCUGUGGCCAGGUCGGCCCUGGUGCAAAGCACCAUCAGGUGA